AUGUUUGAUUAAGUAUAAAGUAAACAACUUAUUGCAAAAGUAAAUCAAAAAGGUAUUUAAAAUCCCAUUUUUAGGUAAGACUGUUAAAAAAGCGUAUCCUGAGAGAUGCUUAGACUUGCGAAUAAAUAAGGGAAUAUUGGAAGUUAAAAAAUAAAUUUCCAAAAUCAAAGGACCAUUAUCUUCAUCAUCCCUAAUCAUAUUAACCGCGACAACAGUAUUUUUUUGUUAGUCCAAAAAUAAUUAAAAAUAGAUUUAUUUGCUUAUUGAGUAAUAAAUAUCCAUAAAAUAAUGUUAUUAAAGUUUAAUUUUUGCAUUAUUACUUUUGAUCAAUCAUAUUUAUUUCAUAGUCAUAUUUAAUCAAUUACUCCCUUUUAAUCUCAAUUCAAUCAACCAUGAAAAAUAAGUUAAGAAAUAAUAAUUUAUUGAAAACAAAAAUAUAAACGACAACUCUGUAUCAUUCGUUUUGAACUAAUAUACAUAAAUCAAAUAUUGUUUAUUAGCUGAAUUCUAAAAACUAAUUUCUAAUUUAUUAAUAUAUAAAUUAUAUUGA